UGGGGGGUUGGUCGGCGGGGGUCUUCACAUUCCUGAGAGUGAGCAGAGCAUUAGGGGGAGUGAGCUGCAUUCCUAGAUAAGGAUGGGGAGGGAGGAGGAGAGGCGCAGGGAGUUGUUACAGGAGUUGCAUGGGACAGGGCAGUGUUGCAGUUGGCAGUUGAUCAGCUCGGGCAGAACAGACAGUUGCACCAACAGAGAUUUAUGUCCCACUCAGACGUGAGCCUGGCAGUGGUGGGGGGUGAUGAUGCCCCCGCCCUGCCCCCUCCUUAUACCCCAGUACCCCCUGUGCCAAGGGAACCCCUGGAUUGUUGGGCCUGUGCCGUUCUCAUCACUGCCCACAACCUGCUGGUGGGAUGUACCAACCUACUGAUAUUCCUGGUGUUGUGCGGAGGAGCCCUCCUGCCUGCUGCUGCCAUGCUGCUCUACGGGUUCCUGUGCCACCCCCGGUUCCGACGACCCACAGAGCCGCUCUGCUCUCCCAUUCUCACCCCCGCUGCUUGCACUGCCCUCCUGGUGUUUGGAGUCAUCCUGUUGCUCCCACUGCUGAUUCUUGGCCUCGCCGCCUACGCCAGACUUGCCCGGGGCCUCCAGUUGGCCUCCUGCUUCCUGCCAUACAGCCGCGCCGUCUACCAAGGCCCCGCCCAGCGCAAACAAGUAACAAAAGGCCGACCUCAGGAGAGCAAAGCCUGGGUGUAAGGCCCGGGGCAAACAAGUGACUGUGCAUCUGAUGACAUCAUUCCUCUUUUGACAUCAUCAUUCUGCUUAUGACAUCACUACUUUAACUCCAUGACCAAUUAUCAUCAUACAUAAAAGUCAGUUCUGUCGUGUUCAUGCAGUGGAACAGCGAUGGUCCUGUAUAUCUGUAAAGUUUUGCGGGCGCUCUCCAUGACAUCACACCACCACUGCAAUACACUCGCAGUCCUCUUUAAAGGGGAAGUUAAACCAUUCGCAUGGAUGAAUUUCAGCUACGGUUUUUGUUCCGUUUAUGGUUAUCGAAUGAUGAGCCUUCCUGUUCUGCAGCUGAAUGUAUCUGAAAGGGUCAGCGACCCCCAGCAUCCAAGAAUAGACUUGCACACCCACUUCUCAACCAAUCAAUGUGCCCAAAGCUAUGUAAUGUGUUUAUUGUCAAUGAUUUUUUUCACUUGUACAAAUUUUCAUAUGAAAUACAAUAUCUUUCAGU